GGGCGGCCCGGGGCCGCGGCCGCGGCGCGCUGCCCUGCCCCGGCGCGGCUCGCCGCCCCCAUGAGUGAAUGAGGAGCGGCCGCAGCGCCCGUCGAUGCCUCGGCAGGGAGCCGGGUGCCUGCGCCAUGAACCCCGAGAUGGCGAUGGAGCCGCUGGGCAGCCUGCACGGGGCGGCCGGCCAUGAGCCGGAGCUGAUGGGCAGCCCCAGCCCCCACCACGGCGGCCGCGGCGCCGGGCCGCUCCGGGUGCCCCCCCCGCCGCCGCCGCCGCCGCCGCCGCCCCCGCCGCCGCCGCCGCACCAGGAGCUGGCCCCCGCCGCCGCCCGGCCGGCCAUGGUGUCCAGCAUGGCCUCGCUGCUGGACGGCGCCGCCGAGUACCGCCCCGAGCUCUCCAUCCCGCUGCACCACGCCAUGAGCAUGCCCUGCGAGUCCUCGCCGCCCGGCAUGGGCAUGAGCAGCACCUACACCACCCUGACGCCACUCCAGCCCCUGCCGCCCAUCUCCACCGUCUCCGACAAGUUCCACCACCCGCACGCCCACCCGCACGCCCACCACCACCACCACCACCACCAGCGCCUCUCGGGCAACGUCAGCGGCAGCUUCGCCCUCAUGCGGGACGAGCGCGGGCUGCCCGCCGUCAACAACCUCUACGGGCCCUACAAGGAGAUGCCCGGCAUGGGGCAGAGCCUCUCGCCGCUGGGCAACGGGCUGGGCCCCCUCCACAACGCCCAGCAGGGCCUCCACGGCUACGGGCCGCCCGGCCACGAGAAGAUGCUCAGCCCCAACUUCGACGCCCACGCGGCCAUGCUGGCGCGGGGGGACCAGCACCUCUCCCGGGGGCUGGGGACGCCCCCCGCCAUGAUGCCCCACCUGAACGGCAUGCACCACCCCGCGCACCCGGGCCACCCGCCGCCCCACGGGCCCGCGCUGCCCGCCGGCCGGGAGCGGCCGCCCUCCUCCUCCUCCGGCUCGCAGGUGAGCAGCUCGGGGCAGCUGGAGGAGAUCAACACCAAAGAAGUGGCACAAAGGAUCACGGCGGAGCUGAAGCGCUACAGCAUCCCGCAGGCCAUCUUCGCCCAGCGGGUGCUGUGCCGCUCUCAGGGGACCCUCUCGGACUUGCUGCGGAACCCUAAGCCUUGGAGUAAACUCAAGUCCGGCCGGGAGACCUUCCGGAGGAUGUGGAAGUGGCUGCAGGAGCCCGAGUUCCAGAGGAUGUCGGCCCUGCGGCUGGCAGCCUGCAAACGCAAAGAGCAAGAGCCGAACAAAGAGCGGAACAACUCCCAGAAGAAAUCUCGCCUGGUUUUCACGGACCUCCAGCGCAGAACGCUUUUCGCCAUCUUCAAGGAGAACAAGCGCCCUUCCAAAGAAAUGCAGAUCACCAUCUCCCAGCAGCUGGGCCUGGAGCUCACCACCGUCAGCAACUUCUUCAUGAACGCCCGGCGGCGCAGCCUGGAGAAGUGGCAGGACGACCUGAGCUCCGGGGGCUCCUCCUCAGCCCCCAGCACCUGUACCAAAGCGUGACGGGGAGCGGCCGGCACGGCGCGGCGCGGCACGGCGCGGCGGAGGGAGCGGCUUCGCGGCGGGGCCCUUCACUGGUGACUUAAAGCACAAUCCUCCUGGAAACGAACCCCAGCCCAGCUGUAACAGAGGACACUUCUUACGGCUUUUAGUCAGUCUUAGCAGGCGCAAGUUGAAAAAUUAACCUCUUUCUCUACAAUACUAUGCUCAGGACAGGCGAAGCAGGUCUGAAACGUAGGGGAGUCGUUCGUGAGGCAAGUUUCUCCUGAGCCCCAAAGAGCCCCGGCCGGCGGGGGUGCCGCUGCGAGCCCGGGCAACCUGCGCGUGCCCGGCGUUUGCCAGCAGGGCGCCGGUGCUGGCCACACCGCCCUGCACCAAAGCUCGCCGCAGUGGCGCGGCCACGCGAGAACGGAGCACAAAGUCUGACACGUAGACGCUAAAGAAUCCGAGAACCUGUUUUUAAAACUCAGGCAUGGUUUUGUUAAGUGUUUUGGGAAAA